CUUCUUCCUCCUCCUGUGGGAUUUACAGACCUAACUCCGCUUGUCUGUGAGAUCAAUUCGUGUAAAAAAUAAACAGGAAAACAAACAGCAAUGGAGUUAGCGUCCUUCGUCGGCAGGGUUCUGUUCGUUUCCGUGUUCAUUCUCUCCGCAUGGCAAGAGUUCAGUGAUUUUGGCACUGACGGCGGUCGGGCAGCUAAGUCAUUGAGACCAAAAUACAAUGUCUUUGCAAACCAUGUCACCGUUCAUACCGGGUUCCAACUUCCACCGGUUGAUAUGAAGCAUCUUGUUGCCGCAGCUAUAGCCAUGAAAGGCCUCGGGGGACUUCUUUUCGUCUUUGGCAGCUCACUUGGAGCUUAUCUUUUGCUGCUGCAUCAAGCCAUUUCCACCCCUAUACUAUACGAUUUCUACAACUACGAUGCUGACAGGAAGGAGUUCGGCCCGCUUUUCACAAAGUUCACUCAGAACCUGGCUCUUCUUGGGGCGUUGCUCUUCUUCAUCGGAAUGAAGAACUCGAGGAAACAUGGAAGACAACUCCGGAAAAAGACCACCAAACCGAAAACGAACUGAAUCGGAAAAUGGGUCAGUUUCCUCGUGGGAGCAUCUGCAUGUGUUCUUUCUUGAAUCUCUUCGAGUUACACUGUUCCUGGUGUUUUGUAGUGGUUUUGGAUCUUAGAGAGAUUACUUCGGUUUCAGUUUUUUUUUUCUACGCUAUAAAUAGUCUUUUUUUUUUAAAUUAAUUCAAGAACUUUCAGAAUC